AUGGAGCCGUCCCCUCAACCAGCACUCGAAACGCUGGAACCCAGUCAGUUAACCACCUUGAACAACCAGCCUCCUGGUCGGGCGAGUACACAAUUCGGGUCCGGAAAAAACCUGCCUCGCAUCCUCCCCCCUGGCUUACGGUUAUCAUUGCGGAACAUUAAGGGUCAAUGGAUCGUAUCAGCUCUAUUUUUUCUUUUGGGAAGUAUAUCCACAAAGAGAAGUCAUGGACAGAUCCCAGAGUUCAGCUCUCCAGGAUGCGGAAACAUGUACAUGGGUGGCCCCGCCCCUCGAAUUAACUAA